AUGUCUCCCGCCUCCAGAGUGGCCCACACCACCGACAUACUCCACAGCAUCUUCUCCCACAUCUCCGCCGGCAACGACCUCGCAUCUCUCUUGCGCACAUCUCCCCUCUUCUUCGGUCUCAUCGCUCGAAAACUCUAUCGCUCGCUACCAAUAUCGAACGUCCUGAAUCCCUUCUCGGGCGUGAAUGCUGGCGGGCGAGGCGGGCCCUAUGGAAAGGCCAAGCUAGCGCGAACCGCCGCCCGUCGAUCCGUAUGGGAAGACUGGUACGAAUACCCCCCUCUCCUAACUGCCGAAACCGUCAUCAUCCACCCCGCCGAUAGGAAGGCCCGACAAGAAAGCGGUUACGAUCUGACCUUGCCGUACAAGGCCCUCAUCCGGCAUCUUUGCUCCGAUGCUACUCGGCUACACCUCUCGACGCCUUACAUUACAGCCGGCGCCAAGGGUAUUGAGACUUUGGCGACUAUGCCUUCUUUGCCUUGUGUAGAGACGCUUGUGAUGAUGGCGAACGCGGGGGAGAUUGGGCAGCUCACGUACGUUGUUGGAGAUUUCCAUUACACCUGGGAUUGCAGCCAUGAGGCGCACCCGCCUUGCUUCAAUAUCGAGGCGGUCCAUAUACUGCUUUGGGGCGAUUUGGUAUAUCCUGAGGAGGAACUUGAAAGCCCUGCUUGGGACGAGGAUCGGCUGCAUCGGCUCGCCGUCGCAACGAACGCCAACCUCGAAAGCAAGAUCUUCCACAAACUCUGCGAGCUCGCCCUGCGACUCGGCGCGCGGUUCAACACCAAGAAGCUUUGGCUGUACAAUGCCGAUAGGGCGUUGGAGAGGUUGAGCUGGAAGAGGGGCAAGAGUGCAAAGGUGGAUACUUUUAAGGCAAGGGUUGAAAAGCGAUUUUUGGCGGGGUUUGGGGCGGGGUCUCAAGUCUUUUGGAGGACGGGUCGGGAGUUUUACGAGGCUUUCGGCGAUCUGUCGGCACGGGAUAAGACGGAAGAGUGGUAUCAUACAGCGGUCCUCGCGCCCUCCGCGAAGCUCGUCUCGCUCAGAGAUAGACUGGCAGCCAAGACCAAGUUUCCUGCUGAUACGUUUGUGGGCUUGACGGAACAAGAUGCCGAGCGGGCGUUGGAAACUUUCAAGUCGAACUAG